CACCAAUACAGCGCGCACGCGCAUCUUAGUACUACUAUCGUGUAGGGUGCAGCAAGAUGGCUGCGGCAUCGCAAAACGGUAGCGGGAUGGAGGUGGAUGCGCCCGUCCUCCCGACAGUUAUGGCACAAGGGGUUACUGGCAGUGUGGCUGUUGCGUUGCAUCCUUUGGUCAUCCUUAACAUUUCUGAUCAUUGGAUUCGAAUGAGGUCUCAAGAGGGACGCCCUGUACAGGUGAUUGGAGCACUUAUUGGAAAGCAGGAAGGACGAAAUAUUGAAGUCAUGAAUUCAUUUGAACUUUUGUCUCAGAUGGUUGAUGACAAAAUCACAAUCAAUAAAGAAUAUUAUUAUACCAAGGAGGAGCAGUUUAAACAGGUAUUUAAGGACAUGGAGUUUCUUGGCUGGUACACGACAGGUGGUCCCCCCGAACAAUCAGAUAUUCACAUUCACAAACAGGUUUGUGAAAUUAUAGAGUCCCCUCUCUUUCUGAAAUUGAACCCCAUGACCAAGCACACAGAUCUUCCCGUUAGUGUAUAUGAAUCUGUGAUUGACAUUGUUAAUGGGGAGGCCACCAUGUUGCUUGCUGAACUUCCAUAUACGUUGGCUACAGAGGAAGCUGAGAGAAUUGGAGUGGAUCAUGUAGCAAGAAUGACAGCAACUGGAAGUGGAGAGAACUCUACAGUUGCAGAACAUCUCAUUGCCCAGCACAGCGCCAUCAAGAUGUUGCACAGUAGAGUUCGACUUAUCCUGGAGUAUGUCCGAGCAACUGAAGCUGGUGAGGUCCCAUUUAACCAUGAGAUUCUAAGAGAAGCAUCUGCACUAUGUCACAGACUCCCUGUACUCAGCACAGACAAGUUCAAAACAGAUUUUUAUGAUCAAUGUAAUGACGUGGGAUUAAUGUCUUACCUGGGAACCAUCACCAAGACUUGUAACACUAUGAACCAAUUUGUCAACAAAUUUAACAUCUUGUAUGACAGACAAGGCAUUGGUCGAAGAAUGAGAGGUCUCUUUUUUUAAAAAUGCUUACUUGAUCUUAGACACAAUUCAUGUAAAGUAACUGGGUGUUGUCGUCUAAUUAUGUUAAAUAAACACAAAAUAAAAUGACAA